CCCUUCCCCAUUUCGGUCUCUCUCUCCUUAUUUCUCCUUCUCUUGCAGUGUGAUGUGUGGUCAUAUGACAGGGUCUGAAUACCAACACACUCGACAUGAGCGAGGAGGCGUAAACCGGAGAAAACAAGUGGCUAAGUGUGUGUCGCGGACACUGAGAGAGCGUGAGCUGUUACUGGGGAACGCCUAUCUGACUGAAACUGCGGAGAAGAAAAUUAGUUUAAAGCAACGGGGGACACUAACUAACUAACUUUAACUAUAGUUUAGGCAUAUCCAAUCCAGCGAAGUUAAAAAAUAUAUAUAUUUACAAAUCGCAUCGUGUUAUUGCUUUCCCCUUUUCUGAGCGGUGUGUGCCCAAAUCUCAGAAUCGGAGGAGGCUGGGGCUUGAGGAAGCAGUUUGGACAUACUUUUAUUUUAAAGUUAUCUUUUUUUUUUUGUUAAGCGUCAUUCUAGAGCGUCAGCCCUGAUUUCGGCUGGUAAACUUGAGUUGUUAGUUUGACAAUGGUCGGUGAGUUGAAUGAGCAGGUCCGGGAAAGACCCAGACCAAGGCCCAGCCCGGACUACCUGAUGCAGUUGAUGACAGACCGGAAGGUGAUGAGCUCGCUGCCCAACUUCACUGGCAUCUUCACUCACCUGGAGCGGCUCUUAGACGAAGAGAUAGGUAGAGUGCGCAAGGACAUGUAUAACGACUCAAUGAAUGGCGGUGUGGCUGCCGAGGGGCGGGACUCCGAGGAGCUGCCUGAUGGGAUUGGUCCAGUGGCUCAGCUGCAGGAGAAGCUCUACGUGCCCGUUAAAGAGUACCCCGACUUUAACUUUGUAGGUAGGAUACUGGGUCCAAGGGGCCUAACAGCCAAACAGCUGGAGGCAGAAAUGGGCUGUAAGAUCAUGGUACGAGGAAAAGGAUCCAUGAGAGACAAGAAGAAGGAAGAGCUGAACAGAGGGAAACCUAACUGGGAACACCUAAGUGAGGAACUUCAUGUUCUCAUCACAGUGGAAGACUCACACAACAGAGCUCAGAUCAAACUACAAAGAGCUACCGCAGAGGUCAAGAAACUGCUCGUACCAGCUGCUGAUGGAGAGGACAGUCUAAAAAAGAUGCAGCUAAUGGAGCUCGCCAUUCUCAACGGAACCUACAGAGACGCCAACAUCAAGCAACCCACUAUGGCCUUCUCCCUAGCCUCCUCUCAGCAGCCUCGGCUCAUCUCCAGCCCCUCCCCUGUCAUGCAGCAGGCUAUGCGGAGCCCCGCCCCUGGUCAACAGCCCAACCUCAUGCCUCACCUGAUUCGUCAGAUCCAGAGUCAGCAGGCCCUCAUGCAAGGAGCCAAUCAGCACGCAGCACUGAUGCAGCAAUCACCUGAAUCAGGAGGGUUCUUCUACGCUCCCUACGAAUAUUCCCCCUACACCCUAACUCCAUCUAUACUAGAAUACCCCAUGGACACUACUGGUGUACUAGGAGCGAUGACGGCUCAGGUGCAACGCCACAAUAUGAGAGCCCAUCCUUACCAAAGAGUAGUGAACACCGACAGAGGUCAGUUAGAUCACCAGACUGUCUGCCACGGCAACUAAUCCCUGACCUCUGCCCACUGAUGACCCACCCGUCUCCGCCCGUGCCUCGCUCGUUGCCAUGCUCUGGACAGCAGCCACGCCCCUCCCCCAGAGUCACCUCUGCCUAACCAACCAGAGACCAGCGGCCAUGGUAACGAACCUUCAGGACCCAAUCAGGACCCAGUCACCAGCCACACCCACCCAAACACUACACUAUCAAGCCAUGUGCCCCUUUUAAAGGAAACCCCACAGCCAAACCACCCAACCACAACCCCCUUUAACCAAAUCUCCCCAAUCUGCACUGGUCAGAUAACCUGGCUCUAUUCCUUGCCCUGCACUGAGUCGAUGUGGAGCUAUAAUAUUAUAAUAAUUCAAUAAUCCAAAUAAUAACAGUCAUAUGUGUGAUCAUAAUUAUACUUGUCGAGCACACUGACCCUCCACGGCCACUAGUCUGACUGUCCCUGUUCUCAAAACGUCACGGUCACACAAAACGUUACUUAGAUCGGGUUUACCAGGUCACACCAGUUUCACACGAUGUCCUCUCUAAGACUAGAGUCUCGACUGUUGCACCAUGCCUGCCUUUCGACAGUGAGCUGAGCCUAUCUAAUGUGUAAGAUCUAAGCUCUCCAGGUAUAGUCUCAACCACAACGUCACAGUAUUAUAGAUAUGCGGAGAACCAAGUGCCUUUUAGUUAUUUAAAUAGAUCUGUUACAGACCAGCCUUCUUAUGAAGGCUUUCUAACCUCCAUGAAAGAGGAAUAACCUGACGCCAUCUUUUCUAUCUCUCAACACAGUGAAAGAGAUGUGUAUUUUGCAGAAACCAUCUCAAUGUUGUGAUUUAACAUAAACCCACAUGUCUUCUGGGUUUAGAGUGAAGUGCCAAAGGGUUUGUUCCUUCCGUCUGUGCAGUAGGACCUUCUCAGAACAGUAUUAAUGUUGUGUGUUUAUUUUAUUUUGGGGAGUGGUGUUUAUGUAUUUGUGUGUGUGUGUGUGUGUCUGCCUUUGAGAACACACUCUAUCGUAUAGUGUUGUGUUAUUAGAUGUGUGUGUGUGUGUGUGUGUUACAUAUUUGAGCCCCUAACUAGCCUCUUGCCAAGCGGUUGUUUUUACUCCACACAAACCGUCUCCUUCAAGACAAAACAUGGACAAUACUGUACAACAUCUGUAACAUCUGUUUUAUAAUGCAAUUUUAUAUUAUAUUUUUUAUGUGAGAAAUAACAUUAAAUUAUGUUUUCAGAUAAGAACAGUA